AUGAGUUCUUUUAACGAAUCUUUGGAUGAUGAACAUUUGAAACUGGUGGAAAGUAUCAACAAUCGUGUCGGUAGCAUAUACAAACAGCUAUGUGAAUUCGAAGAAUGCAUCGAUCCAAAUACAUCCGAAGACUAUGGUGAUGCGCAUAGUAAAAUAAUGGAUUUACUCGAAUGUUUAGAUGAUAUACAAGAGUCGGCACAAAUGAUUAGACCCUACAAUUUGACAUUACGUUCACAGCAGCAGGCACUAAAUGAACAAAUCAAAUGUUUAGAACAGUCGGUGCAGUUGAUGAGACUGGAAACUGGUAAAACGCAAAAUGGAAUGGAAGAAUAA